AUGUUUGGUGCCAUUUGCGCAGGACGUUUAGUGCAGACAAAUUUACAACAAGUUGCUGAAAACCAAUUCGUGUUUCAACUUGACUUUGCUGAAAGUCUAAACCAUAUCGUUGUCUUUUUAUUACCGACUGCCCCAUUCGCUCCUGGCAUGGGAGCCAAGGUUUAUUUUCAGUGGCCAGGAAAAGCCUUUCAGUUUCUUGGCUAUUUGACUAAUGACAAGCCAAGUGCAAUCUUUCGUUUAAAAAAUACCAUUCAGUCGCUGUCAAACGACAUGCCUUGUAUCGGUGUCACAGCAGUUUUGGGUAUUAGCGUAGAGCCUAUAACUAACUUUGUUGAAUCUCCUGCUGGAGAGACCGCAGCUACAUCUGCUAUCGCGAAACCCCUUCCUCCUACAACCUCAAUUGCUCAACGUAUCUUACGGAAUUUGUAUAAUUUCCUUGCAAGUUUUGCAACUUCCAACCUUCCGCCAAAUGCUCUCGGUUUAGGUGAUAUACGUCCAAGUGAUACCUACAUCCCUUUGAGAGUAUUCCAAGACUGGCAUACAAAGUUCUUGGCGAAAAUUAAUAACAAUCCCAAUUUUUUGGAUUCCGACGAUCAAAUCUAA